AUGACCCCUUCACCCCCCUCAAGAAAGGAGCCAUCUGCAAUGAAGCCACCCAAAGGACUUGUUAGGGUAGGCUUUUAUGAGGUCGAAUCCACUAUUGGCAGAGGCAACUACGCGCUCGUCAAAUUGGCCCGGCAUCGUAUCACUAAAACAGAGGUGGCUAUCAAAAUCGUUGACAAGACCCGUUUAGACAGAGAAAACCUCGCAAAAAUGUACAGAGAAAUCGAUGUGCUUAAAAUGCUCAAUCAUCCAAAUAUUAUAAAGCUUUAUCAGGUUAUGGAAACCAAAAAUAUGCUUUACCUUGUCACCGAAUACGCGCCUAAUGGCGAAAUUUUUGAUUUAAUUGCCAAACAACGGCGACUGUCCGAGGAGAGUGCGCGCGAGAAGUUUUGGCAAAUAAUAUCUGCUGUUGAAUAUUGUCAUAAGCUCAAUAUUGUUCACCGAGAUCUCAAGGCUGAAAACUUAUUGCUGGAUGCGAAUUUGAACAUCAAGAUAGCUGAUUUUGGCUUCAGCAAUUUUUACAAUAGGCACGAUACGUUGAACACAUUUUGUGGCUCACCUCCGUAUGCUGCUCCGGAGGUGUUCGAAGGGAAACGAUACGCUGGUCCAGAGAUCGACAUUUGGAGUCUUGGCGUGGUUCUUUAUGUGCUGAUUUGUGGUGUAUUACCGUUUGAAGGUGGCAAUUUGCAAGUGUUGAGAGAUCGUGUUCUCAGUGGCCGAUUCAGAGUUCCAUAUUUCAUGUCGAGUGAUUGUGAAAAUUUGAUUCGAAGAAUGUUGACAUUGGAUCCAGCCAAACGCGCGACAAUUGAAAUCAUCAAAAAGCAUAAAUGGAUGCAAACAGCUGAAAAUAACUCAAGAAGAACGCAAGAUUUAACACCAAAAUUCGAUGCAAAUGAACCACAGCAACAGAUUCUCAAAUUGAUGCAUAGUCUUGGGAUUGAUUCAAACAAAACACGCCAGUCGCUGAAGAAUGAUUCAUACGACAACUUCAUGGCCAUUUACUUAUUGCUGUUCGAUCGGUGGCGUUCAACAUCGGCCUGUAUAGAUCCACGUGGUGUUCAACGUCGGCAAAGUGAAAUGCCACGCUCUAGACCAGCAUUGCAUUCUUUACGUGAGCACGCCACAUUUCAAACAACUGACUGUGCAAGUACGACCACUGCAGCUUUUGUUCGUAGUGAUCUCGACGAGACACCUUCAGUGGGUGUUGCUGCACUAAGUCGGCAGUCAACCAUGAACACGAUCGCAUCGAUUGAUGAAGGCGUUGAAGUGGACUUGAAUUCAUCCACGACGUCCUCACACAAUGCGUUCAGUUCGGCUGACAUGCUCUCCAAUGAGUCGACGGACUCUUGUUCCACUGCGUCACCAUUCGAAUCGUUCGACUCACAGAUUGAAUCCGAUAUCAUGUCCAGUAUGUCAUCAUGUCCACCUGCUAGCGAGGGCAGCAACAAUAGUUCGGGCGCAUGCGGUUUCAACACAUCAAUCGUGGUAAAUAUUCGAAGUCCAGCUAGUCCAGCCGCGUCUGAAGGCAGUCCUUGUGCAAGUCCUCAACCGAGCACAUUUGGCGAGGGCUGGCGGGCCAGUGACAACUCAAUGUUCGACAGUGUGCAAGCACCUUUUCCAACUGGUCAACUGAGCAAGAAGACCAAAGGAAUGCACGAAAUUUUCAGACCGUCAACUGGUAAUGUUGAUGUGCAGUUGCAAAAGAUGCGUAUAACACCAGCAAAAGUGGUAUUGGAUAAACGACGUUGUAUUUUGAGCGCAGCUCCGAAAAGGAUCUCACUGCCUGAACACCUGGAAUUUCAGCCACAAAAAUUGUUGAACAUUAAACAGAGUAUGCAUGUUGAGAAACAACUUAACACCGCACCAGAUGUGAUUCCGUCUGACACAAAAAGUGUUUUCAAGGCACGCCUCAAGCAGAAACAGAUAAAAACUCGCAUGCAACUACUACGUCAACAGAGUUAUCAAAUGGCACAAAAGCACAGCGUAAUGCCGUCAACAGUUUCUCCAUUACUCUCCGAUGAAUCUCCUUGUACACCACUUUCACCGAUCGAGGAUCUGCGUUCUUUUGACGACGACUCGAUGGAUAUCAAUUAG